CCGGGAUUGGGAUCGGGUUCGGAUCGGGAUCGGGACCGCGAUCAGGAUCAGGAUCGGGAUCGGGACCGGGGUCGCCCAGCGCCGCCCGGGCCCUCCCUGCAGGACGCGGUGGCGAUGUUGUGACCUACAUUCGCGACAAGGAGGUCCCCAGCCCGCCGCCACCAUCGGGCCAUGAAGCGGCACAAGUGACAGGGCCGCCGUGCCCGCGGCCAUGGCCAGCCCGGCACCAUGGCUGCACUGCACACAAACAGAGCUGACGCCCUGGGAGGGAGAGGACGAGGAGGAGGAGGAGGAGGAAGAAGACGACUUUGAGAGGAGGAUGGACGAGGACGGGGUCAUCGGCCUGGGGGAGGGUGCCAGGAGCCCACUGUGGGGUGACGGGGAGGACCCGGAGGAGGGGUCCCCGGUGGAGGAGGGUCGCUGGCACCCGCAGCAGGACCUGGCGGAGGAGGACGAGGAGCGGGGCAGCUCCGGGGGGGACGAGGGGCCCUGGGGGGCAGAGAGUGACGGGGAGCCCUACCCCGAGCUCUCCUGCGAGGGCCGGUGGGGCUCGGGGUCCAGCGGCAGCCCCGAGGCUCUGCGGGAGCACCGGGCUCUCUGCCAGCCCCGCGGCUGCAGCACGGAUGGUGGGGACACCUCGGCGCUGUCGGACACCAGCCCUGGCCCUGCCACCCCAUCCCGCCGGGCCCGGGGCUGGGGCACAGCCGGGGACGCCUCUGGAGGGCACGGGCAGGGGUGGACCCCGAGGCGGAGCCUCCCACGGCCUCUCUCCACCGACGACCCCCGCGAUGCCACCAGCCCCGAGCCUGUCCCCAAGCCCCAAACAGCCCCUGGCAUCACUGGCUUGGCACCCCCGGAGGAGCCCCAGGGCGCCGGGAGCCCCCCAGCACCCAAACCGCACGACAGGUCCCGGGUGCCCAAAAAAGCGGCGCCCGCGGUGGUGCCCCCCAAGCCCGCCCGGCAGUCGCGGUCCCUGAGCCCCCGGCGGGGAACAGGAGGCAAGGGGCACAGGGAUCCCUCGGGAACGGGCACGGAUGGCACCCAGUACGGCCGCGGGCGCCUCAACCACCCCCUGCCCGACCUGUCCAAGGUGGAGGCGCGGGUGAAGUUCGACCAGAGCUACCGCCCACCUCGGGGCCGGGUCCUGCCCGCCCGCCCCAGGGUGCCCGGUGGCCCCGUUGGCUUCAAGUCCCCGGCAGAAAUCGUGCGGGAGGUGCUGCUGAGCAGCGGGGAGGGGAUCCCCCCGCAACCCCCCAGCUCCACCGGGCUGCCACAGGAGUUCAGGUCCCCCAAACAAGCCACCGCGCUGGUGCAGCAGCUCCAGGACGACUACCACAAGCUGCUGACCAAGUACGCCGAGGCUGAGAACACCAUCGACCAGCUGCGCCUGGGGGCCAGGGUGAGCCUGUUCUCGGACCCGCCCCAGCCCAGCCGCAGCCUGGCCGUGGGCACCGUGGGCACCGGCUGCCGUGUGAUGACCCUCAGCAUCCCACAAGCCCGGAUGGCAGCUCUUGGUACGGCCACGGACACGGCCACAGCCUCCACCUCGCCAGCUGGAGCUCCAGCACCGGGACCAUCAGAUCGGGGGGGUUCACCCCAUCCCCGAUCCCCCCCUCCGCCCGGGGGGGGGCUGCCCCAGCUGCCCCGGGCCGUGCUGCUGCCCCGGCCCCCGGCUCACCCGGGCACUGGCGGGGCAGAGCCGCAGGCUGCAGGCACAGGCAAGGACCGGGGGGGCUGCAGGGUGGAGUCCUUCGAAAGAUGGAUCCAUGCAGGGAGCCCCCCACCCUCGGAGCAGCUCCAGAGGAUGAGCCUGCUGAAGGACGCGCAGGAUGCGCUGGAGCGGGAAUACCUGCGGGGCCGGCAGCAGCUCCCGGGGGCUGCGGGGGGGUUUGAUCCUGACCGGGCGGUAGAAGAGGAAAUUUACCGCCUGGGGCUGCGCCUGGAGGGGCUGAAGGAGCGGCUGGAGCCGGGGAGCAGGCGGCAGCCCCCCCCCACAGUCCCCUCUGCAGCCCCUCCCGCAGCCCCGCUGCCCCCCAGCCCGUCCCCACCGCCGGCCACCCACUCCCCACGGCCCGAGAGCCCUGAGCUGGUGGACGGUCCCCUGGGGACAGCGGGGGACAACGAGGGAGUGAAGGAGGGGCUGCCCUGGCCCCUCUGGCACAAGCAGCUCCGAGUGGAGGAGGAUUUCGCGGACCUGCUGGAGCAGUACAAGCACUUCAAGUCCCUACCGCAGUCGCUGAGCCUGGAGCGGCUGAGCCUGGCGGGGAGCGGGUCCCAGGAGGAGGUGGAUGCGCCUGCAGCAGGGGACGGUGGCCCCGGCAAGGUCCCCUGCAGGACACGGUCACUGGAGGAGGGGGCCGACCUGGAGACCUUCCCCUUGCAUCCCCCGGAGAGAAAAGCUGCACUGCUGCCCUCCAAGGGACCCCCAAAAGCAGAGGGGACACGGAGCCACCCAUCCCCUGCCACCUCUGAGGAGUCACCAGGCACUGCCAAGCCCCACCUGGUGGCCCCCGGACCACCACGGGCGCCCCUGUCCCGCCGCAGCAGCGGGACGGGCAGCGCUGCCCCUCAGCACGGGCCCCGCAAGGUGAAUCCCCUGGGUGGCCCCCUGCCAGCACCCCCAGACCCUACCGGGGGUCCUGGGGUGCUCAGCACCCAUCCUGCCGUCCCCGUGUCCCUGCAGGAGCAGCGCAUCGUGUCACCGGAGACCGACAGCGGCUUCGUGGGCUCGGAGGCCAGCAGGGUGUCACCCCCCGUGCACACCCCCGAGCACCGCCCCCCCUGGCACCGGGACCCCCGGCUCGCUGGGACCCUCCAUCCCCAUCCCCACAACCCUCCGUUCCCCACGGAACAGAGAGACGACCCCGCUUCCCUCCGAGACAGCACUGAUGGGCAUCUACCCCGCGGGCGGGCAGGAGGGCACGGGGGGGCCCUGCCUUCCCCCCAGCACCCCCUCGCAGAGCAGUUCGCCCCCUCGCUGGGCCGAGAGCGCGGGCAGCGAGGCGGGGCCCGACCCCGGCGGCGACGGAGGGGAAACAUCCCCAUUUCUCACGCUGCCAACCUUGACUCUCUGUGCUCCCUUUCCUCCCCAGCUCACACGGACUCGGAGGUGGGAGACAGGAGCUGUGCCAGCACCAGUGGACACCCCCCAGCCGUGGCCAGGAGGGUCCCUCCAUCCCCAGCCCCAACCAGCCCCCCACCAUCCCCUGAAACGCCGUCCCCCACCCUCCUGUCCCCCGACCUGCCGUCCCUCACCCCGGCUCACUGUGACCUGCUGGGCUCCCGUCUGGAGCGUGACCAGGCCAUCCGGGAGCUGCGGGAGGAGGUGUGGCGGCUGCGGCGGCGGCUGGAGGAGAGCCUGCGCCGCUCCCGCAGCUAUCCCGAGGGAAAAGCGGCUCCGUGUCGCCCCGGCCAGGAGGCAGCCCGUGGGCAGCGCGCCAUCGUCCCCCCAGGACGCAGCACCCUCGGGGGAGCUGAGCCCCCCGGCGCGGGGCAGGGUGGCCCCCGGGGUCGCACCCACGCAGAGGGGCAGGUCCGCAUCGCUGCCACGGGACAGGCCGGAGCUGGACCUCACCUCCGAGUCGGACCCCUCUCCCGCCGGGCCCCGGGCACGCCCCUCCCUGCGGAAGCACCCUGGGAGCCCCCCGGGAGCGGUGACAUUCCGGGGACAGCACACAGGGACACGGUACCAGGGGGGGGACACCACGUGCUGCCCCAGCACCCCGAGAGGAGCCGGGCACCCCGGGGUGCCCCCGAUGUCACAGGAGCGGGACAUCAUCGGGUGGAUUCUGGGUGGGUGAUGCCACCCAGCAGCCCCAGCACAGCACCCCAAGGAGGACACGCUGCCCCACUUGCCGGGCACCCCUGGGCCCCCCCCGUGCCAGGCAGCAGGGACAGAGCCACGCAGGCAGAGCGUGGCCCCGGUGCCACAUCCUCCCCAGGCUCCCACGUUGGUCCCCGAGCCAAGAAGCCGGAUCAACCCGGGUUUUGGUACCUGGCAGCCGGUCCUGCUGCCGCCGCUGCCACCGUCUGCCUCGCCCCCGUCCCCCUCGUGCCUUACGUGCCCUCCGUGCUCUACUGCUCCCCAGCGGUACCUACCUCAGCCCCCGCCACAGCCGCGGUCCCCCUGCGCCUCACCGGGGGAAACCGGCGGGCACAGCGACCCCCCCGGGCACAGCCCCGUCACCGCUGCCUCAGCCUCGACCUGGAGGAGCUGGACGAGCUCAACUGGUCCCUGAGCCGGGCCGUGGAGGCUGCCCAGAGUGUCAGGGUGACCACCACCCGCAUGAGCCGGGCACUGGCCGCUGAGCUGGGCCGGGCACGGGAUCUACGCAGCUCCUGCCUCUUCUGAGGGUCCCAUGGGACCUGCAGGGCUCCUGCCUCUUCCGAGGGUUCCACUGGCACCUUCCAAACCAUCCCUGCCCUGGCAGCAGGCAGGGAUGAGGAGGAGGAGGACGGUCCCCCCACCAUCAGCAUCCCUGCACUGGGUGCUCCCAGUGCCAGAUCUGGGGGCACCGGGGCUGGAGGCAUCUCCAGGGGGUCCUGCCCUGGGUCCCACCCCCUUCCUGCUUGCCCUGGAGUUCCUGCAUCGCUUGUCUGUCUGUUUUCAGGACCGCUCAAGCUGCAGGAGGGGGGAAGGUGUGGGCAGAGGUCUCCCAGGACCUGCAGCACCCUGGGGAAUGAGCACCGUCCCCUGGGACCAAGGGGGUGGCCCUGUGUCCCCCCCUAAGGCAGUGGCCACCCCAACCUAAGCACUUCUGGGGCUGCUGUGACCUGCUGUAGGUCCUGCACAGGUCGAGCCCCCCUUGGCAGCUGUGUUUACCUCUGUGCCUGCAUGGGCAGAAAUACCUGUGAUUCCCUAUUCCGCCCCUUUCCCAGAUUUUAGGCCUCCUCUGGGGGCUCAACCCAUGUGUCCCCCUCCUGCUCUGCCCUUGGACUUGAACCCAGCGGGAUCCUUUCUGGGGAAACCCUUCUUUUUGUGGGAUUUUUGUGAUUUAUUUUUUCCCCAAGACAGCCAGUAAGCAGCUAAACCACUCUUUGAGGGUUGAUUGAUGAUAUAUAAUGUGUGUGUGUGUAUAUAUAUGUAUCUAUAUAUGGAUAUAUCUAGACAGAGAUAAAUCCAUGUCUGUCUAUAUUUAGAUAUAUAUCUCUAGAAAGACAGAGAUAUAUCUCUAUAUAUAAAUCUGUAUAUACACAGAUCUUUAUCUGUAGAUACAUCUUUACAUAGAUACAUAUGUGUAUAUAUAUAUAUAUAUUGGUUUUCAUUUUCAGCACAACCCUUAGGGCAUUUGUGGGUUUUUUUUGGCUAUCCCUGGAUGUGGCCACCCACAGCAUCAUCCAGGACGAAAAUGAAAUGAAGGAUUUGGGGUUUUCCCCUGGGAUUCCCAGGGAAUCCAGUCUGGUAAAGGGAAAAAUCACCCUGCAAGACUGAGUUGGGGGUAGGUGUGGUGCUGAGGGGUCUGCAGAGCCCCUGUCCCUCCCAGCUGGGUUUGUAAUGAGUUAAUGCCUAUUUUUUUUAAGGAAUUUGAUCUGGUCAGAGCAUCUUUUCCUGGGAUGGGUCCAGUCAAACCCCUCCAGCACCUCCUGUGGCACCCCAGCUCUGUUUAUCUGUAGGACUUACCUAAAGUGCCAGUGUCAAAUGUAUUUAUUUUUGCUUUUAUUUGUGGUACAAAGACCCCCAUUUGGGGGGGGUGGGAUCAGUGCCACCCCCAGAGAGUUCCUCAGGUCCAGAGCCUUCCUGAGCAAUCCCUGAGCCUGAUCCUGCACCCCCCAGGGAGGGGCUGGGAAUGGGACUGCCCCCCCCACCCCUGCCCUUUUUGGGGGGAGAGGGGUGGGUUGGGGGGAUUUUAAAGAGGAUUUCUGUGUCUCUGGUUGCCUCUGCUCGUGCCUGUGUCCCGAACUGGAAGCUGUGCCCCCCCCCCCAGCCCAGCCAGGGUACGAUAGGAACACGUGGGAAGGAUGUUUAACUAUCCCAAAUGCAGCAGCCAGGAGCAAAAUGAUGGGUUUUUUCCUCAUCCCCUAUUUUUUAACACCCAGCAGAGCCACUGGGCUGGUAUUUUGUACUAAGAAAUCACCUAUUUUUGAAGGAAAUAAAUGUGGUUGGAUGA